AUGAUGCCUCCGAAUGAAUCGACAUUCGGUUCGUCAGAACGAAAAUUUCUCGAUGAAUUACAACAUAAUUUUAAUCAAUUAGCCAGUGAGGCUAAGAAAAAAUUUCCACAUGUCAAAGAGGCAUGUGAAACCGGUAUUAUACGUGUCCGUAAUGUAGCAUCAUCUGCAGUAGCAUCGACCACAUUCAAAGAUUUACUUGCAAAUGAAAGUGCACAAUUAAUGGAACCAUUUUUUAUGGGUUGUGAUACACGAUGGCCAAAAUUAGUACAGAUCAGUUUAAAUGCAAUACAAAAAUCUAUAUUAUUCGAAUGUCUUAAUAAACAAGCAGCCGAAAAUUUAAUCAAUUGCCUAUGGAAUCUUAUGGAACAUGGCCUAGAAGAAGUGAAAGUUUUACAAACAAUCACAUUAUUGAUAACAACCAAUCAAUUAAUACAGGAUGAACAAUUGGCUAAAAUAAUAUCUUUAUGUUUUCGUUUAUAUAAUGCAAAAAAUUCUACAACAGCCAAUACAGCAUCGGCUACAAUUCGACAAUUAAUAACGGCCAUAUUCGAAAGAGUUGUCAAUAUUGACAACACAGCAAGCAAUAACAAUAAUAAUCAGCAGCAAUCUACGGUGGAUAAAACAAAACUUUUCGAAAUUAUUGUUUCAAAUGAUACAAAAACACAGGAUUCUUGUCAUCGAUAUAUACCGAUACGAUUUAAAACGAAACCGUUAUGUAUGGAUGCUUAUAACGUAAUGCAAGAUCUCAUACAGAUAAUAAAUGGUGAAACAACAUUUUGGCUUAAAAUGCCUCAUAUUGAUAUUGACAAAUUGUUUGCAUUAGAAUUAUUGGAAUUAAUCAUUAAUCAAUAUCCAUCCAUUUUCUAUAAUCAUGAUGAAUUUAUUUUCAUACUUAAAGAUAAAGUAUGUCAAGUGGUGAUCAAAUUAUUUGCUCCGAAUCUUAAAUUCAUUCGAAAUAAUCAUCGCCAUCAUCAUAAUCAUCAAUUAUCAUUUAAUCCAUUGCUUCAAAAAUCUAGUAACAAUGAUGAUUCGAUCAAUGAUUCUACUGGCAAUUCAUCUGUCCAAACUGUACAGAUUAGCCCACCACAAUGGCCAACAACCGUCCGUUUGAUGCGAAUCGUUUCAGUUUUGAUCAAAAAUUUCUUUCAAUUAUUAAUAACCGAAAGUGAAAUAUUCCUAACACAAUUAAUUCGAUCAUUGGAAGUUGAUAAACUUAAUUGGCAACGUUUGAUUGCGUUGGAAGCAUUGUUUAAAAUUUUGGACGCACAGACAUUAGCUGCUCUUUGUCAAUAUUAUGAUUCUUCAAUGCAAAGCUCAAAAAUUCUUCGUGAUAUUGUUAAUGCAUUAUGCAUUUUUAUUCAGUCACAAUUUCAGAUAGUCGAUUCAUCAUCGACACAGAGUCUAAUUGCUUCAUUAGUCAAUAAUAAUAGUGGCAAUGUUAAUGGAAAUUUUUCCGGCAGUUCAUCCGUUGCAAAUAAUAAUAGUUUGAAUCAAUCGAUUAAUCGAACAAAUACUAAUGUUCCUUGUGAUCAAUUUCCGACAUUCAAUUUACGAAACAUAACGACAACCUUAUUAUUCAUACCAUUGGAUAAUAGUUACCGUUAUAAAACGUUUUAUAUUGAUCAAUUGGAUAAACAAGAACCACCACAAGCACCUAAUGGUCACGGUCUAAGUACUGGUAUUGCUUGUGUAUUUGAAGUGGCCGAUUCUUUGUUGAAAAUUAUCGAAACUUAUCUAGAGAUUACGAUCGAUACAAAAUUGACCAAUAAUAUUAAUUGUGGUGAUGUUAAAUCGGCAAUUCAAAAACGUUUUGUACAUCAAACAUCAGAGGCUGUUGACUUUUUUCAAUUACAUCGACAAUUAAUGUUAUCUACCUAUACGGGAUUGAUUGGAUCAUUCUGUUUAUUACUUGAUGCUUCUGCCGAUGAAAAAUGUACCGAAUUAAUUCUGGACCAAAUGCAAAAAUUAAUCAUAAUCUAUGGCAUGUACGAUGUUGAUGUAGCACGUGAUUCAUUGUUCAUAUCAUUAUGUAAAUCGGCAUUACCUUCAAAUUAUUGUUCAUUACGUGCAUUGAAUCCAGAUAAUAUUAUUUCGGCUGAUGAUGAUUGCCAGACGAACAAAUCGAAUGAAACAAACUCAACUUUGUUGUCCACAAAUACAAAUGCAUCAUCUAUGGCGGCCAAUCUUUAUUCAUCAUCGUCAAGCUUAUUAAGUAAUUCUUCAAUUAAUCUAACUAAUCUUCUUCAACAACAAAAUAAUCAUCCACAGCCAAUGAAUUCGAAUAAAUCAACGUUAGAAUCGUCGACAAAUAAUUCAUCAUUGAAUUAUCAACAUGAAUAUAAUCAACAAGUGAUCGCUGUUGGAACACCAUUACCUGUGAAUAAUGAUUCAACAUUUUCUAACAAUUCUACUGUUCAAUCUCAACAACACCAACAACAACAGAAUAGUGGUCCAGUCAUGUUGACUGCCAAGAAUCUUCAAUGUAUGCGUUCGAUUAUGCAUUUAUCAAUGACUUAUGGUGGUUUGUAUCGUGAACAAUCAUGGCAUAUUGUUUUCACUACACUACAACAUUUAGUAUGGAUUCUAGGCAUAAAACCGAAUAAUUCCCGUGCUUAUAAAUUAAGUAAUUAUUAUCAAGCUAGCAAUUGUAAUGUUCAAUCAAUACAACCAGAUCAGCAACUGCAGUCACAACAAUCUUUGAAUGCCGAACAGAUUGUUGGUUCAACAGUGAAUGAUUUGCCAGUUUUAACUGCAAUGCUUUCACGAUUAUUCGAAUGUACACAAAACAUUCCUGAUGAUUCUUUAUUGACCAUGAUGAAAGCCUUGAUGACCAUAUCGAAUGAAGCAAUGGAAAUUGCCUAUAAUAAUCGUGAACCAUCAUUGUUUGCUGUUGUCAAGAUUCAUGAAUCAGCUUUAGUCAAUAUGACUCGGAUAGAUUUAUUCUGGGAUCUAAUCACCAAUCAUUUAAUUCAAGUUUCAUCACAUCCUUAUAAUAAACUGCGUGAAAGUGCUGUCGAGGUUGUUUGUAAUCUCGUACAAUCAGUGCUAAAUUAUCGUUUCAUGAAACAAAAGAAUCAUGAUGAUAAAAAUUCUUCCUUAUCACCUGAAUCUUGUUAUUUAUUGGCAUUACAAUCAUUAUCACAGAUUAAAUUUAUCGACAUUAAACAGAAACAAAUUGAAUGUUUAUUACGAAUCUUACAAUCGAAUGGUGAAGAUAUUACUGUUGGUUGGCCAAUAUUGUUUAAUAUUAUUGAAUCGGCAUGCCUUCCCCAGAAUGAUAAACUAGUUGUUCAUUCAUUUCAAUGUUAUGAAUUCAUUGUGUCCAAUCUUUUGCGUUACAUACCAUCGAUACAUUUAAUUCAUUGUAUCAAUGCUGCCGUCGCGUUUGGAUCACAAGUGCAAGAGCUAAAUGUUUCAUUAUCAGCAGUGGGUCUGGUUUGGAAUGUAGCCGAUUUUCUUCAUUCGAAUCAUGAUCAAAUACAAUCUUUGAUUGAUAAUUUCAUUCUGAAAGGCCAUAAAUUUGUUAGCAUUGAUCUGCCGUUUUGUGAAGAUCUUACCCCGGUACAAAGUUUGUGGAUUUCAUUAUUCAAAAAUUUGAGCAACCUUUGUACAGAUGCUCGACUUUCUGUCCGGAAAAGUUCAGUUCAAACUUUAAUGUCAACACUGUCGAAACAUGGACAAACAUUGGAUUACAAUACAUGGAAAGCAAUCUUUUUCUACAUACUUUUUCCACUAGUCGACAGUGUACGUACAUUAUGCAGUCUGGCGUCGAAUGAAAAGAUCACACAAUCUGAAUCUUCUAAACCAAAUUCUUAUGGUGAUGAUUCCGAUUCCUAUAUGAUACAUUAUUCCAGGAAUACGGCAUUCAAACAAUGGUGUGAAACACAAGUAUCCGUUAUUAAUGGUGUUUCUCGAAUCAUAAGCAUCAAAUUAGAUAUGUUAAUUGAACAUAGUAUGGCAAAACCAAUUCAAUCGAAUAAUGAACCCAACGAAUUGAAUAACAGCAACAACAGUGAAACAAUUUUAUUGAAUAUUUGGACAUUAUUUUUUGAAUUUAUUUUUUCAUCAUCCACAUGCACAAAUGAAGAAGUAUCAAUGUCGGCAAUCAAAUGUUUUAAUGAAAUUGUCAGCUUUCUCAAUGAUUACCAAGCAAAUAAUAAUGAUGCUGGUGGCGAUGAUGAUUAUAUAAAUCGAUUAAUUAGUCUUAUAUGGAAAAAUGUUUGGAAAACCUGGUGUAAUAUUGGACAUCAUAUUGCGGCCAACAAUAAUGUGUUUCCAUCAUCAACAACAAGUGAAAAUAGUUGUUUCGAUUCUGAACAACAACAACAACAACGGUUGAAUAACAAUGAAGAAACGACGAAUUUUUUACCAUCACAAUCCUAUUUAUGUUCGUUUAUCCAGUCAUUAAAUAUAAUUUUAUCCAAAUAUAUCCAUCAUUUAACCGAAAGUGACUUUAAAAACAUGUCUCACAUAUUACAAAAUGUAAUGACCAUACCAUUUGAUGUUAUAACUGAAACUUAUCAUCAUUCAGCAUCUUAUCGCAAUCAUUAUCAUCACCAUCACCACCAUCAUCAUCAUAAUCAUCCGAUUAUGCAAACAUCGGAUAAUUCAUCUUCAUCUUCAUUAUUGACGAGCCUUCAACAUGAAAUCCUGAUGACAAUGGAGAAAAUUCAAACAGAAGUUGUCUCAAAUUUGACUACGUUGAAUCAUUUGUUGCCAUUAAUUUAUUAUCAAUAUCUUACAUUUUCAUUAUAUGCUGUUAAUAUUGUGCCACCAAAUCUGAAUGUAUUCAUUAGUUCACAAUUUCAACAUCGUUUUCUACCCGGUGAAUUGACCACAUUCAAAUCAGCCACAUUCUAUAUAUUUGGUGAAUUGGCCCUACGAAAUGCUUUCAAUUUAUACAUGUGUACUUAUAUGGAAUCGAUUGUCAUUAAAUCCCAUAUUUUACAUUCAUUAAUUAAGGCUUAUAAAAUUCCAUUAUGUUUCAAAUAUUCUUGCCCCUUGCAAACAACAUGGAAAUAUGCUGUCAAUUAUUUUAUCAAAACACUGGAACUUGGUUUGCCAUUAGCUCGUCGUUAUCCCGCCGAUUUCAUUAGUAUUUGGGCAGAUCUUGCAUUAACAUUUGAAGGUUUUCUAUUCCCUUCUAAUAAACCACCAUCAAAUCAAAAAUUAGAAGAACAACAAAUGGAUGAAUCACUUGAUGUCAAAGUGGUGGAAUUAAUACGCGAUCAUAUAAUGAUACAUGCACAGAAAAUACCUAAAGAAUUUCUUUUACAAAUUGUUUCAAUUUUGAAUCGUGGAUCAAUUCAUUCACCAUCGAUCACUUCGAUAGAAACAGAAAUGAAUCGUAAACUACGAGAGGAUUUUGCUAGAAUUUGUUUUCAAACUUUGUUACAAUUUUCAUUUUUUGGCCCAAAAGGAAAUCCUGAUUUAUUUAUUCAAUCCUCAAAAACAAAUUUAAAUGUUGAAAAUAUUGGUCAAUCAUCUGCUGAACAGACCAUUGGUAUUGUUAACAAAUUGGCCGUAGCAUCAAUUCUGAAACGAUUUAAUGAUGUAAUUAUUAAAUAUGUUGAAGAUGAACAACUGUGUCCUUGUCCAUUGCCACGACAUCGUUUAAGUGAAAUAUCAUUUGUAUUGAAAGCAUUGGCUACAUUGAUUGCAUCAUUGAAGGAAGCACCACCUGCUGCCGUCGAGAAUCAUGUAUGGCAACAACUUAUACAACUGUAUCCACGUAUUGUUGAUUGUACAAUGUCUAAUUCACCACAGGUGAAUAAUUCUAUACGUGAAGUAUUACAUCAAUAUGCCUAUCUUUUACAAAGUCCUGUGGUUUCUCCACUGUCGACACCGUUAGCCGCUAACAAACAACAAUUUGAACCGAAUGGAAAUAUUUAUCCUCAUCAUCAUCAUAAUCAUCAUAAUCAUAAUCAUCAACAACAACAACAACAACAACAACAACAACAUACAGCACUUACAAAAUUACUGCCAACAGCUACUAAAACUGUGGAUAAUAAUACUACGAUCAAAUCAAUUACUGAAAAAAAUUUUCAACGAAAUGUAGGCAAAAAUGCAGAAAUUAAUAUUUAAAAUUAAUUUUUUUUCACAAAUCACACACAUAACCCAAUGAUUUUAUCAAAAAUAAAAAUA